AGUAGCGCGCCUCCUAGCGUCCUUCGCCGGCACUGAAGCGAUAAGUGGCUGCCUUGGGUAGGGAAAAGCUGGGCACGGGGGAUCCAUCUUGGCCGUAAAAAAACAGACCAAAAAACAAGAGGCGAAGAGUGACGGCGACGACUUUCCUGUCAACUGUUAUUCCCCAUUCUCGCAUCGUCGACGGCGUUGUGGGGGAGCCCCGGGAAGGGCUUGUUUUGUGGGCCGCUUGUAGGAUGUCCCGUCAUGAGGGUGUGAGCUGCGACGCUUGUUUGAAAGGAAACUUCCGGGGAAGACGAUUCAAGUGUCUCAUCUGCUACGACUACGACCUGUGUGCGUCGUGCUACGAGAGCGGUGCCACCACCACGCGACACACCGCAGAGCACCCCAUGCAGUGUAUACUAACCAGGGUAGACUACGAUUUGUAUUAUGGCGGCGACACCUUCUCACUGGAGCAGCAUCAGGCGUUCACGUGUCCUUACUGCGGCAGGAUGGGCUUCACGGAGACAUCCUUAAAUGAGCACGUCACCGCCGAGCACCCAGAGACGACCACCGAGGUGAUCUGUCCAAUAUGCGCCGCCUUGCCUGGGGGGGAUCCCAAUCAUGUCACAGAUGACUUUACCGCCCACCUCACACUUGAGCACAGAGCACCUAGAGAUUUAGAUGAGUCGAGCAGCGUUCGGCACGUUCGGCGGAUGUUCCAUCCUGGGCGGGGACUGGGCGGUCCCCGAGCACGACGCACCAACAUGCACUUUACCGGCGGCUCCACAGGCGGCCUGUCCUCAUCCACGUCAUCAUCACAGAGCUCCACCUACACGCCCAGCAACAGGGAGGCCAUGGACCCCAUUGCUGAGUUGUUGUCGCAGCUGUCGGGUGUGCGACGCGCUGCGGGCGGCCAGAUUAACUCAUCGGGGCCGUCGGCCUCACAGCUGCAGCAACUACAGAUGCAGCUGCAGUUAGAGCGGCAGCAAGCGCAGGCGGCGCGACAGCAGGUGGAGACGGGCCGUCAUGCCGCCCGGCGCGGAAACAACCCAACUAAUUCCGCCGCCAGCUCAACCGCCGGCGCCGUCCCACCGACCUGCGCGGCCGCGCCCAUCACGGGAGCGCCGGCUGAAAGCAACCCAUCAGCUUCAUCCCACAACUCACAAUUUCUAUUAGCACGGCUGAACGAGCCCAAAAUGUCGGAGGCGGAGCGUCAGCUGGUGGAGGGCGAGCGUGCCGACCGCAGCCUGUUCGUGCAGGAGCUACUACUGUCCACGCUCAUGCGCGACGAGAGCUCGUCGUCCGACGAGGAUGAGCGGCGGGACUUCGGCGACUUCGGUGCCAUGGGCUGCGUGGACGUCAUGCCCCUCGAUGUGGCGCUGGAGCACCUGCAACUCCGCGAGAGAGCCUCCGCCGCCAAUGAGCCUCCGCCGCCGCCUCUUUGAUGUCCAGGCGGUGCGCAGACUCUGUCCCACCUGCUGCAACUGUCAGUGAUGGACGCUUCCCCCCUUCCUCCGAAAAAGCCCCUCCCGUUCUGUUCUUGUUUGUUUUUUUGGGGGGGGAUGAUUGUAAUGUCAGACCAUAUUUGGUUUUUACAUGUAAGCAACACUCUAAGGGGAAGCAUACAUGACAGGUGGGAGGAAAAUUUUAAUUGUGGCCACAACAUACAAAUAUAACCAGCAUGAUAUACAUGCGCACAAAAUUCUAAUCGUAGCCACAAAAUAGGUAUAAUUUGCUGAAAAAAUUUGUGGACAAGUAAUCGUUUUAACAGGAAUAUCGCUGGGAAUAUAAAUCAGUUUAUCACAAGUAGAAAUCUAACCAAUCUGACUUGGGAGGGUUGACACAUUCAUUCGCAGCCAAAUUUGUUGGACAUGUAUUCCUGUCAGUUGCAGGCAAUUGGCUGCAAAUACCAUUUCUAUUGAAGUUGUUGAGCCACUGGUCCUCUUUGGCGAAAAAUUACCUUUUUGUUUCUUGGUUUCACAUUCUGUUAAUAUUGAGGCCACAAUUUAAAUCCCCUUCCCCAUGUCAUGUCUAGGGCGCCAUAAAACUACACCACAUUAAGCAGGUUCAACACAGCAACGGAGUGAGCAUACAGAAAUAUAUCUAGAUCUAUAAAUAUAUAUAUACAUAUAUGAAGAAUAUAUGACGGUGAUAAUCAUACAGUUCCCCCAUCAGUGGAAAUGCUUGACGGCCACCAACCAUUGCUUCCUAUGGGACGCAGCUCCAAAACCUCACUGCCCUCACUCAUAGUCCCCAAUGCCCCGCGCCUAUAAAUAGCCCCCCACCCCACCAUUGACAACCCCAGAGGACGUGGGGCCCCUCUGCCCAAGCUGCUGUGUGUGUUUCUGACUAUUAUCAAUAAAAAAAAAAAAAUUGUUCGGAUGGGUUACCGUAAUACCUGCAUGCGUUCUUUGCAGCGUGCAUGACUUAAUCAUUCAAAAGGAGGAAAAGACUCAAAAUACAUCCAGUUAGCUUUCCUACGAUGGUUCUAAAAUCAGGAGAAUGCGCUUUCUUCUCAGUGUUUUUGUUCGUGAAGAAAAGCAGUGUCCAAAUACGCACAUUGGAAGGGAAAAGUUUUGAGAAAUGUCGAGUAGACGCUGUGUACAAUAAUCCAUAGACGAGUGCUUGUGUCUACUCAUGUUUUCAUUUUUUUGUAUUACAGGAGACAUUAUUUUUCUGCUAAGGUUAGCACUUUGUAUUUAUUCUUGUUUGUUUCGGAGCCUUGACGAAUUUCGCUGCCUUUGCGCCUUCUAUACGUUGACCCCUUUGUGUACAUUACAACAAGAUGUAUAUUGAAUUUGUGGCUUUAAUAAUGGUUCAAAGACUUGAGCAGACCUUUCUUUUAUUUAAAAAAAAAAAAUGUCUAGAGUAUAAUAAAACCAAACUCUGCACAGUUUUUGGUGAUGCCAAGAGGCCCUUUUCAACUGCACACGUCCAUGUAUUGGAAUAAAUCCUUAAUGAUUCAAAAAAAGUAAUACCAUAAAGACCCGGUUUGCACAUACAGUGGUAUGAAAAACUAUCUGAACCUUUUGGAAUUUCUCACAUUUCUGCAUAAAAUUACCAUCAAAUGUGAUCUUUGUCAAAAUCACACACAUGUAAAAACAGUGCUUUAGCUAAAACCACCCAAACAUUUAUAGGUUUUCAUAUUUUAAUGAGGAUAGCAUGCAAGCAAUGACAGAAUAGGGGAAAAAUAAGUAAACCCUUUGCCUAAGGAGACUUAAAGAGCAAUUCAAAUAAUUUUUUACCAAUCAAUUUAAGUCAGGUUUGUUCCUAAUCAUUAAUGAGUGUUUUAAAGCUGCCCUGCCCACUAUAAAAAACACACCUGGUAAGAUUUGUCUUCAUGAGAUGCAUUGGCUGAUAUGCAUCAUGACUCGGUCAAAAAAGCUGUCUGAAGACCUGCGUUCAAGGAUUGUUGAUUUGUAUAAAGCUGGGAAAGGAUACAAAACCAUCGCUAAAGUCUGGAUGUCCAUCAAUCGACUGUCAGAGAAGUUUUCUUAAAAUGGAAUUUGGCACUGUUGCUUCUCUCCCAAGGAGUGGCAGUCCACCAAAGAUGACGCCAAGAGUUCAGCGCAGAAUACUCAGUAAAAAAAGAACCCUACAGUCUCUCCUAAAGACAAAUCGCUGGCACAGUCCAAUAUCUCUGUGCACACAUUAACUAUAUGUAAAACUACGGCCAAUAAUGUUGAUGGGAGGACUCCACGGAGGAAGCCACUGCUGUCUUAAAAAAACAAAAAACGCUUGUUUAAUGCUCGCAAAAAGGCACUUUUGGCAAGUUUUGGCAAAAUAUUUUGUAAACUGAUAAAACCAAAGUUGGAUUUUUUGGGAGUAACAACAUAUGUGGAGGAAAAAUGUAACAGCUCACCAACAUUAACACCUCAUCCCCACCUGAAGCAUGGGGGAGGGAGCAUCAUGAUUUGGGGCUGUUGUCCUGCCUCAGGGCCUGGACAAAUUGCAAUCAUUAAUGAAAGAAUGAAUUCAAAAGUUUAACAGGUUGUUUUGCAGGAAAACCUGAGGCUGUCUGUCAGUUGAAGCUAAAAAGAGGAUGGAUGUUUCAACAAGACUGCUCCAAAACGCAUAAGUAAAUCAACUUAAGAAUGGUUUCUGAAGAACAAAAUACACGUUGUGGAGUGGCCAAGUCAAACUCCAGACUUGAACCCCAUUGAGAUGAUGUGGCAUGACCUAAAGGCAGCAAAUCAUGCCAGACAUCCCUGGAAUCUGACGGAACUACAGCAGUUUUAUAAAGAUGAAUGGGCCAAAAUUAGUCCUGAUCGAUGUGCCAGACUGAUCUGCAGCUACAGGAAGCGUCUGGUUGAAGUUAUUGUUUCCAAAGGUGGGGUCCAUGAAAUAUUAAAUGUGAUGGUUCAGUUACUUAUUUUUCCCCCUUCUGUCAUUGUUUGCAUACUAUCCUCAUUAAAAUAUGAAAACCUUUAAAUGUUUGGGUGGUUUUAGUUAAGGCAGACACUUUUUUUGUCAGUGUGAUUUUGAAAAAGAUCAGAUCACAUUUGAUGGUGAUUUUAUGCAGGAAUGUGAGAAAUUCUGAAAUGUUCAGAUACUUUUUCAUACCACUGUACUAGUAUGUGGAUGUCACAUUUUGGGUCAUGUAGGCCCCACUUGUAUACCAAACUUUAAUUUUGUGGCCUACAUGAUCCAAAAUGAUAUCCACGUAUGUGGACACCAGGACUCAAUAAAAACAAUGACAUUAAAAAGAAUAAACACAAACACUAUACCAACCAACCAAGCAAAGAACAAUAGUAACAAGUAGGUUAUGAUAAGGAUAAAGCCAAUUUGUGUUUAGUACAAAAAAUACGCUUUUUUUUUUUUUUUUUAGAGGCUAUGGAAAAAACUUGCAUAGUGAAGACCAAAAUAUAUAUAAGUAUUAAACGCAGUGGUGUCAAAAGAAGCAUGUAAAGUAGUAGCAUUGCAAAGGAAUAUUUUUAGGUUGCAAAAAAACCCAAACCUAUAUAGCCUACUUCCGAGACUAAAAAAGGUAAGAUUCAAAUGACAGCACAAAGAUGCUGAUACAUAAUUUAAAAAUAUACGAACGCAGAAACAGGAUUCUUCCAAAAUUAAGAUAACACUCUGGUAACAGGAUUAUAACUUUGUUCUCUGUUUUACCCUUUGUGAACAAGGGACCUUAAAUGUACAUAAUAUUUUGUGAGAAAUGGAGAAUCGGAUGAGAAUGAAUGAAAAAUGGGAAACACUUGUGGUUGGGGUACCAAGCCAUGAGGAACUUCGUAAAAAAUAAAAAUCCAGUUUAAAUUGAGAGCUUCACAUAUUCUGUAAGUGACGUGUUAAUCAACCAAUUAGUGUCACCCAGAAGCAGCUGUUGGCAAAAAGGAGGAUGACCUUGAAGGUCUGACUGAUCCCAGUGUCCAGCAGAUCUUUGCACGGUAAGAAAGCCCUUUACUCAAUCUGCUAAGUCUUCUGACAA